AUGGACGCAAAGGAUCUUCCACCUAAACAAACUUUUAAUUUCAUGUUUGAAUAUGGACUGUUCAUUCUGAUAAUUGUAAUAUAUUUAUAUAUUCAAGACUGGGAAAUUUUUAGUUUAAAUCGUUAUAGUUUUCCUCAGCGAGUUUUAGGAAACGAAAGUUGGGCACCACAGUUCAUUUAUCCAAAUCUUUGGCGAGGUGGAUCUACUACUAACGUGUCGCGACAGGUUGGUUACAAUUGGCAACCACCACAUAUCAUUUCAACAUCCACUUAUGCAAGCAUAGCUGUUUACUUAGCCAUUGUGUACACACUGUCGUUGAUGUGGGAGCCCUCGAGAAGAAUUUGUGAAAAUAAGGAUACAUCAGCUCAUUUAUAUUAA